GCAGUAAGAACAGGAAUGGACAGUGGGUGUCGCUUACUUGUUGUGGAUACAGGGAUUUCUUGCUUCCUUGCAUGUUCUUUGUUUGCAGGAGCUGUGUUUUUGCUUGCAGUCUGAUUUUGAAACAUUAUCAUGAGUGGAUCCUGAAGAAUUCAUAAAAUCGCAAAAGCAUCAACCAGUUUACCAUGUCAGUCAACCCAGCAUUUGAUACCGAAGAGGGCGCAGCCCCGGGCGACGGAGGAGGCGCAGCAGCCAGCCAGGAGGCCCCCGAAACCAAGGAGGGCGGCGAGGCAGCAGCGGCCGAGCCAGGGCCAUCGGAUCUGCUGUUUCGGGUGGACGAGGCUCCCCCUUGGUCCAUGUGCCUGCUUCUGGGGCUGCAGCACUACCUGACGAUGGCCACCUCGUCCAUCUCGAUCCCCUUCAUCCUCGUCGGCCUCUUCUGCAUCGAGGAAGCCGACCCCGCCCGAGGCCACCUCAUCUCCACCAUCAUCUUCGUGUCGGGGAUCAUCACCCUCCUCCAGACCUCCCUCGGCUGCAGACUCCCGAUCGUGCAGGGCGGGACGGCUAGCUUCAUCGUCCCGACGAUAGCUAUCAUCUCGACCCGCUACGAGGCGUGCGACGCCCUGCCCGAGGACCUGACGGAGGCGCAGAGGCAGGAGGUUUGGCAGCAGCGCAUGAGAGAGAUCCAGGGCGCCAUCGCCGUGUCGGCCGUCGUGCAAAUCCUCGUCGGCUUCACGGGGUUGAUCGGCCUCCUGAUUGGCUGGAUCACGCCCCUGGUCAUCACGCCCACCGUCACCCUGGUGGGCCUCUCGCUCUCCGAGGUCGCGGCGCAGAAGGCGUCGUUGCACUGGGGCAUCUCGGGCACGACAAUGGCGCUGCUGGUCCUGUUCUCGCAGUACCUGAGGGAGGUCGGCGUUCCGGUGCCCACCUACAGCAGGGCCAAGGGACUCUCCUCCGCCAGGCUGUAUGUGUUCAAGCUCUUUCCGGUGCUGCUGGCCAUUCUGGCAUCGUGGGCGCUUUGUGCUGUGCUGACCUCAGCGGGUGCAAUCCCCGAAGGCAGCAGGGCCCGCUCGGACGCCGCGGCGGGACUCGUGGCCAACUCCCCUUGGUUCAGGAUCCCCUACCCAGGGCAGUGGGGUCUGCCCACGGUAACCCUCGCGGGCGCGCUGGGGAUGAUGGCGGGGGUGUUUGCGUCCGUUGUCGAGAGCGUCGGAGACUACUACGCCUGCGCACGGUUGGCAGGGGCUCCCCCACCCCCUAUACACGCUGUCAACCGAGGUAUUGGCACUGAAGGACUCGGUUGUCUCCUGGCUGGCAUCUGGGGCACCGGCAAUGGUACGACCUCCUAUGCAGAGAACAUCGGAAUCAUUGGCGUCACUAAGGUGGGCAGUCGCCGUGUGGUACAGUAUGCUGCUGUGUUCAUGAUCGCCUUUGGGAUGCUGGGCAAAAUUGGAGCAAUAUUUGCCAGCAUCCCUGAGCCUGUGGUGGGCGGGGUCUUCUGCAUCAUUUUUGGCAUGGUGGCAGCGGUGGGAUUGUCUUCCCUGCAGUUCGUUGACCUGAACUCCUCCAGGAACCUCUUUGUCUUGGGGGUGUCCAUCUUUAUUGGUCUUGCGCUGCCUAAGUGGCUGCAGACUUCCCCUGGAGCUAUACAGACGGGUUCUGUCAUCCUCGACCAGCUCCUGACGGUGCUUCUCCAAACGUCUAUGUUCGUUGGAGGUUUCCUGGGCUUCCUUCUUGAUAAUACUAUUCCGGGUACUCCUGAAGAAAGAGGUCUCCUGAAGUGGAAAGCUCAAAUGGAAGUCUCGUCGUCUGAAGCCCUUGGAGGUCGCGCCUUCACCUGCUACGAUCUGCCCUUCGGCAUGGACGCUGUCAGGAGAGCCUCCUGGGCCUCCCGCGUGCCCUUCUCCCCGACGUUCAAGGGAUUCGCCAGAAGGAGACCAAAUCAUCAGGAUCCUUGAGU